CACGACUUCUGGCUUAGCCUGAAAGAAAGACAGGAACAGCAAAGCGGCUUCCCACAAAGGGGGGGGUUCAAUCAUGAAAGGUCACCGUCUCCCCUAGAGAGUCCUUGCCCUGAAAAAUUACCCAGUGCAUCGUUGGGGAAGCCUGCUUGCAAACAUACCGUGGUGGAAGGAACUUCUCGGCAAGGAUUGGUGGCCAGCUAAAGAGAGAGGAUGGCAAGUUGGCUUCGUAAUCCCCUAAAGGAACCGGAGAUUGAGCUGUUUGUAAAGGCUGGCUUGGAUGGACAGAACAUCGGAAACUGCCCGUUCUGUCAAAGCCUCUUUAUGGUGUUGUGGCUCAAAGGUGUCAGAUUUAAUGUCACCACUGUGGAUAUGACAAGGAAACCUGAUGAGCUGAAGGAUUUGGCCCCAGGCACCAACCCUCCAUUUUUAGUGUUCAACAAGGAGCUGAAAACAGAUUUUCUGAAGAUUGAGGAUUUCCUGGAGCAGACCCUCUCGCCACCUAAGUACCCACAGCUCACUCCCCGAAACAAGGAGUCCAUGGAUGUGGGCAGAAACAUUUUUGCCAAAUUCUCCGCGUACAUCAAGAACCCCCAUAAAGAAGCGAAUAAAAAUUUGGAAAGAGCUUUGCUGAAAGAGUUCCAGCGCUUGGAUGAUUACUUAAGAAACCCCCUGCCUGAAGAAAUUGACCAGAAUUGUGCUGAAGACCUUCUGGUUUCCGAAAGGAAAUUCUUGGACGGAAACCGGAUGACGUUAGCAGACUGCAACCUUCUCCCCAAACUCAACAUCAUCAAGGUUGCCGCCAAGAGGUAUCGCAACUUUGAGAUCCCUCUGGAGAUGACUGCACUAUGGCGCUAUCUCCACCAGGCUUAUGCCCGGAAUGAGUUCAGCCAUACUUGUCCAGCUGACGAGGAGAUCGAACGCACCUACGCCAGCGUGGCUAAGAAGAUGAGCUAAAGACCAAAGCUCUGGAAGUUGGUGCCUGCAAAGGUCUACCAGGGAGUUGGGUGUGCAGUAUUGAUCCCAAACUGAAUGGUCUUCACAUACUAGCCUUUAAAA